AUUCCUCACCACUCAGCGGCUCUAGUAAGCCUACCCGGCCGAGCCGGGCCCACACUCUCCACUUUUCCACUCGGCCAGCGAUUUAUCCGGUACGCACGCACGCUGAAAAGGUAAAGGGAACGCCGCCCAGCAUGCCGAGCCGCAACGACCUGUCGUCCAAGACGUUCAUCCGCAAACCCGGCACGCGGCCCCUGGACACGUCGAUCCCGAUGCGGACCGAGAUGCCGCCACCGCUGCGGCAGCCGACGACACGCGUGCAGCGCGCCAAGACGCUCACACGCCCAGAGCGCUCACAGCCGCAGCAGCCACUGAUCAACCCAUCCGGCACAUCACCUGCAUCGCCUGCCGGUGCGCGCACACAGCAAGGCGGCCUCAGCUGGUGGCGUGUCUUUGCGCGCCUCGUCACCUUCUGGGCUCCCGGCGUGUUCCUCUCCGCCUGCGGACUCAAGGAUGGCGCGUCAAAGCAGGCCUGGCGCGAGAAGGUCGCACUCGUCUUCCUGGCCAUGCUCGUCGGCGGCUUUAUUGGCUUCAUCACCAUGGGCCUCAACGCCGCCUUUUGCACCGCCGCAGACGCCAGUGGUGCGGAAGACUAUACGCACGUCGGCGACCCGACCGCCCACGGCACUCUCGGCAUCAACGGCUGGAUGUUCACAAUCAACAGCGGCGAAAAUCUGCGUAGCCCCCAGGAAAGCGGCGUCAACCUCUACAUGCUCGCCAAUAGCGUCCCCGGCUACGACAUUAGCACGCUCUUUAGGCGCCAGACGCCCGCGUGCCAGGGCAUCUCUGGCGCCUUUGCCUCGCUCGACCCGUGCAGCGUUGCCCUGCCUAACGGCCAGAAUGCUGGCUGCGUCCAGGGCGACCUCUCGGACGACAACCUGCGCGCGUCCAGCUUUGUCAAUACCAGCCGCAAGGUUGGCUUUGGCUGGGACACCGUCUCUAACGACACCUUUAAAAAUUUUAUGGUCCUCGACGGUGAUGUGCUCAACAUGAACCCGUACAUAGCGAAGUUCCCAAAGCCGAUCGCCAACGACCCGGUCGACAGCAUCAUCCGCUCGCAGCUGCAGCAGAUGGACUCCAAGUACGGCAAGGACGCGACGCGCUACUUUUACACCCAGGGUAACUUCCGUGCCGAGGUCAACUGCCUACGCCAAAAGUACCUUGCCGGACAGAUCGACAAGAUUACCCCCGGUUGCUUCUUCAGCAAGCUGAUUCUGUACGCCUCGCUCAUCGUCAUCCUCGGCCUCGUCUUCAUUCGCUUCUUGAUGGCGGUCUACUUUAGCUGGUUUAUCAGCUGGCGCAUGACAAGCAAACCCAAGAACGCACGCGGCCGCACCGGCGUUGCGCUCAACCACAUGCCCGAGGGUGCAAUGACCUACGUCAACUCGGACGGCACCGCGCCAUGGGCGAGCAAGCCCGGCGGCGGGCCGCGCAUCGCCGACGCCGGCGCAGCACCAGGCAAGUAUGGUUCGUCCCGCGGCUCCUCCUCCUCUGCCACGCUUAACGCCGCCGACAUUGGCGACACGCCGUACAUAGUCAACCUGAUCACGUGCUACUCUGAGAACGAGGAAGGCAUCUCCAACACCCUCUCCUCGCUCAGCGAAACCAACUACCCGGACGAGCGCAAGCUGCUCUUCGUCGUCGCCGAUGGCAUGGUGACUGGCUCGGGAGAGACGAAGAGUACGCCGGACGUGUGCGUGGGCCUGCUGGACGCCGACGCGCGCUUCGGCACGCCGAUCCCGAUGAGCUUCAUUAGCGUCGCGCAGGGCCGCAAGGCGCACAACAUGGCCAUGGUCUACGCGGGCCACUAUUCGCGCGGCCGCGGCCACCGCACACCCCUUAUCAUCGUCGUCAAGUGCGGCACGCCCGAGGAGGCCAGCAGCGCCAAGCCCGGCAACCGGGGCAAGCGCGACUCGCAGAUGAUCCUCAUGAACUUUCUUCAGCGCGUCACAUACAACGACCGCAUGACCCCGCUCGACUUUGACCUUUUCCGCAAGAUCCAUGCCCUCAUGGGCGUCACGCCCGACUUUUUCGAGCUCUGCAUGAUGGUCGACGCGGACACCAAGGUCUACCCCGAGUCGCUGCGAAUUCUCUCCGACUGCAUGAUGCACGAUCCGCUCAUCAUGGGCGCUUGCGGCGAGACGCGCAUCGCGAACAAGCUCAGCAGCUGGGUCACUAUGAUCCAGGUUUACGAGUACUUUAUCUCUCAUCAUCUCACCAAGUCGUUCGAGAGCGUCUUUGGCGGCGUCACUUGCCUUCCUGGCUGCUUCAGCAUGUACCGCAUCAAGGCACGCAAGGCGGCUGACGACGACUGGGUCCCCGUCAUCGUCAAGCCAGAGGUGACGCGCGAGUACAGCCAGUCGACUGUCACGACACUACACCAGAAGAAUCUGCUCCUGCUCGGCGAGGACCGCUUCCUCACCACGCUCCUGUUGCGCACCUUCCCCAACCGCAAGAUGGUCUUCUGCCCCAGGGCCAGGUGCAGGACAGAAGUGCCACACACGUUCAAGAUGCUCCUGUCCCAACGCAGGCGAUGGAUCAACUCCACCGUCCACAACCUCAUGGAGCUCGUCCUGGUCCGCGACCUCUGCGGCACGUUCUGCUUCUCCAUGCAGUUCAUCGUGUUCAUGGACUUGAUUGGAACAGCGUCGCUGCCCGUUGCCAUCGGACUGACCUACACUCUCAUCGUCACCUAUUGCCUCCACCCGCCCCAUGACUUUAGCACGGCGAUCCCGCUCAUGCUGCUUGUCGCCGUCAUUGGUCUUCCGGCUGUGCUGAUCCUGCUCGCCACGCGUAAGGUCGUCUACGUGCUGUGGAUGCUCGUCUACCUCUUGGCGCUGCCCGUCUGGAACUUUAUCCUCCCGAUCUACUCUUUCUGGCACUUUGACGACUUUUCCUGGGGCGAGACGCGCAAAGUCGAGGGUGAGGGCAAGGAUACAGGGCACGGCGACGAUGACGGCACAUUCAGCGCGAGCAGCGUGCCGCUGCGCAGAUGGGAGGACUGGGAGCGCUCACGCCUCAAGAAGCUCGCGCGCGAGGCGCGCAGGCGGCAAGAAUUUGAGCGCCAGUUUGGCAAGGGCUUCUACAACGAGGAGAAAGACCAUCAGGACCAGUAUCUCGACCCCAAGAGCCAGUUGCGCAACAGCUUCGACUCGAGUGACGCAGCGAGCGACUUUGAGGAGGACAAGUGGGGCGCACAGAUCGGCGGCUACGACGAGUCGCAGCCGCCACCGCCUCUCGCCAUCGUCCGGCAUUCUGUCUUUGUCGAUGGUGAGAACACCCUCGUUGGCGCGCAAGACAUGGAGGAGAUGCUCGAGAAGGGCUGGGACGAGGAUGGAAAGCAAGGAGGAGGAGGAUGGGGAGGAAACGACUGGCGCAAGGAAAAUUCCUUCUCGCCUUAUCCACCCAUGCCGCGCUUACCUGCGCAGUACGGCCCGGUGGGGAAUGGCGGCUACAGACAGCCGCCAUCACGAGGGCCGCCUGCAGGGCACUAUGCGCCAGACGGAGAGGAGCGGGUCGCGCUCAUGCAGGACCGGUACCAGGAUGGCGGUGGUGGGGACUAUCGUGCACACACCACCGGUGUCAACCGAGGCGCGUCGGGCGGGCAGCAACAGCACGCACGCAAUCGUUCACAACCUCAAGUCAAUCCAUUGGGAGGAGAUCCGCCAGGCGGAUCAAACGGCUACGCCCAUCCGUCGCACAUGAACAAUGGUCACGUGGACUAUCGGUAGUUCUUCCGUGUUCUUGGGACGGCUCGAUAUCCCUCAGCUUGAACUCGACUCGACAACCUCAUCCCUUCCCCCCUC